AUCUCCAGCUCCGUGGUCUUGUGUUGGAAUGCAGAAGAGCCUCACCGCACGGCACUUGGGGUGGUUCCCUGGGCCGGUUCUCACCAAAACCGGGCCUGGGCUUGCUAUGCAAAUGCUGGCUAGACACAUGACAUCUGGACCCCCCCCCCGGGAGGCCCACUGGAUUUGGCUCUGGACUACAAGAGGCCAGGAAGGGGAAGCUGCGCUCUCUCUGGGGCUCCUCAGCAGCUGGUCACAGGAAAGGCGAGGCGGACUCUCUUCUGCAGAGCUUGCAGCCCAGGCAGCGGCAGGAAGUUAUUCCAGGCUCACGAGGAUGGACGCCUGCUCUCCCACCAGCCUCUUCCUCUUUGCCUUGCUCCUCCAGGCCGCUGGAACGGGCACUGCAGAAGGGGCCCCCAGGCAGGACCUCACCCACCGAGUGGGAGAGUCAGCAACAUUCUCACUGGAGGUUCUGCAGCGGUCCAACAUCUCAAAUCUCCUUUGGAGAUCUUCCUCCAGCGGUACAAUGCAUGCAGUGGCAGCGUGGCAGGCUGGGAACGCUCUCGAAGUCCUGAUUGAGAGCUAUUUCGGAAGAGUGACCUUCCUUGAGCAGAGCCUGUCCUUGAAAAUCAGCAACUUGAGGAAAGAGGACGGGGGGUUCUAUGAUGUGGUGGAGCUCCAGGAUCCGAUUGAAGCAUUGCUGAAGGAAUACAUUCUCUUCGUCUUCGACGUCAGAAUCACGGCCAGCAGAUCAGCAAAUGGAACUUGCAGCCUCCGAUUGUUGUGUGAGGUGGGUGCUGGGGCCAAGACGACCGUGAAGUUCAACUGGAGGCCCACCCUGUCAAAGGGCCCUGGAUCUCAAGGCCCAGCCCUCCACCUGGUCCUGCACCCUGCUGAUGCUGACAAAUCCUACACCUGCACAGCAGCUGCUCUCGGCAGUCAGCAAUCGGUUGCCGUCAUUCCCUACCAGUCCUGCAACUCAGGGGCCGGAGCUGCAGGGCUUCUUUGGCCUGGCUCGCUCGCCGGCUCCAUCGCUAAAACCAUCCUCGGGCCUGCCUUUCUCGUCCUCCUGGUACUGCUGUGACAUCGGCUGGCUCCGACACCCGGGGCUGGUGGGUGCAGGAAGAGCAUCCAUGCUUGGCUGACCGUGGCUGGCUUCCCUCCUCUCUGCGGCCCAGUACAUUCUUGGGAUCCUUUGUGUGACCAGAUACCAGAGCUACUCAAAAGGAAGCUGCCCCUGAAUGUAAGAUGACCCCCCCCCCCCACACACACACACACACCCCCAAAAGUUAUACAUGCAAAAUACUUUUUACUGGACAUAACUGUAACUUGGAUGCAAAUGUAAGACAACGCCCCUUUUGUUUGAUGGCAUCCCUUGGGGAAAAACUCGCCUUGCGCUUGAUUUGGCCCCGUAUCUGGUUCCAAGUUCCUUUGGGGGCAGAGGUUUCGAUGCCCGGAGAGGCGCCCCGCAUGAGCAGAGAGCGGCACACUUUCGCGGCUUGUUAGAGCUACGCUCAGAGAUGUUUCCAAGCGGUUUUGUGGUCUCUUCGGGCUGCACCUCCUCCUCCUUCUGCCUGUCUGCCCCCUUGAGGCAGGCCCUUCAGCCUCCACCACCUAAGCCCGGCAGGACUCUCUGCUCUUUCAGCCCAUCUGAAAUGGCUCUUCUAAGGUCACUGGGUAGUGGAACCUGGCGGGUCUCUCUCUGACUGGGCCUCUCCAAAGUAAGGCUGGUUCUGCUACAGAGUGAGAAGUUAAGAAAAUGAUCCUUGCAGCUGUGCAAAAGGGUAUAGGAAUGCAGUAUUGUAAUACUAAACAAGGGACCUUACCGGGCAGCUUGGCUGUGGGGGUAGCCAGAAUGGCUCUUGGGGUGGCGGGAAGGAAGAAGCUCUUUUCAUUCAUGCUACUGGUGGGUUCUCUAUGAAUAAAAAACUCUCACCAGACCAGCUGAUGGUGCCCAGACGCUACGUGGAGUCCGUCCCGAAGUUUAGUGGCUGUUUUGCUUGGGAAUGACUCGCGUUCGUCUCCUUUGGCUCAGCCUCUCCUGCCCCUUCUGAACUCUGGAUCUCUUCCUUCCUUUCUGGGAGGGGAAUUAAUUGUUGUUGAUGAAACCUCUUUUAGUGAUUAGGCAUCUUGCAGAGCUGCAGAGUUGUCCUCCUCGUCAGCAUUAACUUCAUUAAUUGUCCCGAAUUAGCAUUUCUUAAGUAAAAGCUCUUGUCAAUUCUCAGAGCCUUAAAUUCCACACCAGCUUCAGUAAUAUAAAGGCUGAAAUCAUUUUUACUCAUUGAGAUCUUCAAUCCUGAAUCAAGCAUCCUUCCCACAGCAAGGCUAUUCCGUUUUGCCUCGGGGUAAUAAGCCCAACCCUUUAGAAUCAAUCCAAUAGCAGCCCCUUCUGAAUCAAUAGCUGUCCACUUAAGAUCUCCAAUCCCUUUGAUCUGAAGAGGAUCACCAUUUGCUUGGAAAAGAUCCUUUCAGCUUUCUUCAUUCAAAUUUAGGAAACAGUUUACACACUGUGACACUGUGAGAUCUCUGUCUUUUGGUGCUACACCUCUGAAGAUGCCAGUCACAGCUCCCGGCAAAACAUCAGGAACUACAACACCAAGACCACGGCUAUACAGCCCAGAAAAUCCACAACAACCAUAGUUUACACCAGAGCUUACAUGGUCAGGAGUGCCAGAAUCUAACCUCCAGAGACUUCUCAUGUUAAAAUCAUUAUUUGAUAUCAUGCAAGCGAAGUCUCUUGAUUUGCCUUUGUUAUCACAUGCAUUGCAAUGUCCGCUUCUGCCUUUGAUUCUGGAGACCCGUUAUAUGAAAUACUGAUGAUUUGAUUCCUAAAUAAAGCCUUUUAACCAAGAA